AACUGCUGGAAGGAACGAACUAGCGUCGUUUCCAUGGAUCUAAAGGAAAAUCUGGAAUCACUCUCUCUCAAAAACAGCGAAGAAAGCCAUAGUGGAAAUUUAUGGAGAUUAAAGGUAGAUUCGAAUGUGUUCUUCAUUUAUCAGGACGAAGAUGGGUUCGGAAAUGCCAUCGCCCGAGUUCUGAACCCUACUCCACAGCCUUAUAAUAAAGUCUCAGAGGUAUUGAACUUGGAAUUGGGGGAUGUAAAAUUGAAUGGCUCUGUUACUCAAUUGAGAGAGAAAGACGAUUUGAAGGCAACUAUGGUAAUGAUAGAUCGUUUGGAGCCACCAGCACUGUCUCGGGUUAUAUAUUCAGUUCUGACAAAAAUUGUGGAUGCAGAGCACAUAUCAUCUACUGUACCCACUAUCAUAGCCCCUUUUCUUGUACCGGCAUCAAAGCUUAAGUUGGAAGGUAGAUUGAUGACAACAAAUAGUGGAAAGUUUCCUCUUUAUGGUAUCCAAGUAGGCCCUAAGACUGAUGUAAGUCGAGCCAUUGCUUCCAAAACCCAGAAGCCACCUCCAUCUUUGCAAAUUCAUUACGAGCCUCUGGCCUGCUUUCUUCACCUGGUUCGUGCUGCAGACUUGCCAACUUCUAUUAUAGUUGGCCAAAGAAGCCAAAGCCCGUUUAAUCAAGCUAUAAAUGAGGAUCUGCAGACCCUCUGUGAGAUAGGAGAGGUUGCGGCAAGUGCGAUGGGGUUGUACUUCCAGAGAGAAGAAACUAAAACUAAUUGGAUUCCAACAGCUAAAGCAGCAAGUGGUGGUGGUGGAGAGCCAUGGCGCACAUUCUAUGGUUAAAUGUUUUAGGUUCCUGCAGGAAGCAGAAACUGAGGUUUAGCAUGCGAGUGGGUGCAUAUUGUAGUCAAAACUAGUGCCCAUGGUGCUGAAUUUUUUAGAUAUGAUACGAAAUGCAGUGAGCAGUGGCUUAAAAUAGUUGAAAGAUGAUCUUAUAUGUUCCGUAUUUGUUGGAUGUAUCAUAUGAUCUGGGAAUUUAGUGCAUGAAAGGUGUUCAUCAUGUUGGAAGGUGAUCCCACAUGUUUCUUGAA